UCCGCCACCGAGCAGGAAUCUUCCGGGAGCCACUCAUCCCACGCCGCUGGCAGCCGAACGGAGGUGGAGGCUGCAGGAAAGAGAGAGGAACAGCCCGGGUGGAAAUUGCUCGCCAGGCGCACCAGAAAGUUCGUGCCAAGGAAAAGUGGUGCAGUGGAGUGAUGGGGCACCCCGAAUCGCGGAAGCUUUCCUGGGGAGCACUGAUAGUGCUUUGGCUUCUGCUGGAGGAGGCCAUGGGAUCGUCUUUCCCGGAAAGGAAAGGAGCAGGUUGGACCCAGGGGCCAGGAGCCAUCACUGGAGAAAAUUCUCAAAUUGGGGAGCGAAAGAUUCGGGAAACCACAACUGAAGACAAAAGGACACAGAUCAGCCAAGAUUUUUCAGGAAGGAGUUUGACUAUUGACACUCUGACAGACAAUGAAACCCAGAUUGUGGAAGACAAUCACAGCUACUAUUUAUCCCGAAUUUAUGGUCCCGAAGAGAUGCGAGCCAAGGAACUUUGGGUCGAGGUGGCUGAAGCCAACAGGAGCCAAGUAAAAAUCCAUGGAAUCCUCUCCAAUACACACAGACAGGCUUCGAGAGUCAUCCUAUCCUUUGAUUUCCCUUUCUAUGGCCAUUACUUGCGGCAGGUCACCAUAGCAACAGGAGGUUUCAUUUUCAUGGGCGAUGUCAUUCAUCGAAUGCUGACAGCUACACAGUAUAUUGCCCCUCUGAUGGCAAACUUCAAUCCUGGCUAUUCACGCAACUCCACUGUCAAAUACUUUGACAAUGGAACCAUGUUUGUUGUCCAGUGGGAUCAAGUUUAUCUAGAAGGGAAAGAAGACAAAGGCUGUUUCAUCUUCCAGGCAGCUUUGUACAACAGUGGCAGAAUUGUCUUUGGUUACAAGGAGAUUCCCAUGUCAGUGCUUGAAAUUAGUUCUACACAACAUCCUGUCAAAGCUGGUCUUUCAGAUGCUUUUAUGAUCCUUAACUCUUCCCCUGAAUCUCAUCAUCGGACCAUAUAUGAGUACCAUAGAGUGGAACUAGAUACCAACAAGAUCACUAGUGCAUCAGCUGUGGAAUUUUUGCCCCUACCCACUUGUCUCCAACUUCACAACUGUGAAGCCUGUAUGACAUCUGGCCUAAAUUUCAAUUGUAGUUGGUGCCAUGUUCUGCAGAGGUGCUCCAAUGGGCUUGACCGAUACCGUGAAGAGUGGCUUGAAUACGGUUGCGGCCAGGAAUCAGAGGAGAAGAGUUGUGCAGAUUUUGAAGAGGAUGAACACUAUAUGUCUUCCACUUCAAAUCACAGCCCCUUUACACCACUUCCAGAAGACACCAUCACAUCAUCCUCUCAAUUUAUAGACAGUUUAACUACAGAAGAUGACACAAAAAUGAAUCAGAACCCAGGAGAAGAAGGUUUGAAAGAUGGUGUUCCUACAAAUAAAGGGGGAUCCCAAAUUCAUACUGGAACAAUUGUUGGAAUCCUCCUCGCGGUUCUUCUGAUUGCUGCUAUUAUUCUUGCUGGCAUCUACAUCACCAGUAAUCCUACUUCAAGUGCUGCUUUGUUCUUCAUUGAGCAAAGACCACAUCAGUGGCCUACCAUGAAGUUCAGAAACCGCUCACCUUACACUGAAGUAGAACCAUCCGGUCAGGAAAAGGACAGUUUUGUUGAAGCAGAUCAGUGCUAGAGAGUAUACCUCCUUUAUUGCUCCUAUACCUUUAAUCAAGAGUCUCCCAUCUACUGUUUUAUUUUGUGAUAGACACAGUUGAAGGGGGGUGGGGGGAGAGAGGGAAAAACAAGCAAAAUUAAAAAGAACCCCAAGAGAGGGUUGGAAUGGAUAAAUUAAGAGUGCUUUGAAAUGAGAUGGGUGGCAAAUAAAUUUCAUAAUAAAUAAAAUCAAAAUAAAUUAAGCCUGAAAAGAUUAGAGAGGCACAUGUGGCAUAGGGCUGCUAGGUAAAUCAGCAAGAAAAGUUAUGACUUUACUGCAGAAGAUAAUAGAACCUGACCAUCUUGCAUGAAUAUUGUCAGGUGUAGCCAUCCAUAAAUAUUAUGGACUAUGGGAAAAACUCUCUGCCCAACCCCCCUUUUGUAGGCAUUUUAACCAUAAAUACAAAGUGCCAAAAUAAUGUGUGGAACUGUUUUCCUCCUUCAAAUACAGAUUGAAGCUGUCCUGCUAAACUUUCCUUGAAAGAUAUGAAGGAUUUUUUAGAGAAUCGUGGAACAGCUGGUCUGACUUGAACUCAACACCUCAGCCUUGUGGCCAUAGUUAUUGAAUGAAGCAUCUCGAUUUGGGCUGGGCCUGAAAUGCAGCCUUCAUAUUUAUAUGAAAUGGUGACAUCCAAUUAGCAAAAAGGAGAGGAGGUUACUUAGAGGCAUUUCUAUUGACAGUAAUUUUCUCUACCUGACAUUGAACUAGUCAGAAAAUAAUAUAUAUAUCAACUCUGUACCAAGCAAACUCAUAUGACUUCUCCUAUGAAUUAUUCUAUAACUUAGUUAUCUUUUGUAUUCUUUCUAAAGGCUUAAAAGCCAAACAUGGACAAGAUUUGUAGCGGAACAAAGUGGGGAAUUUUCUCAACAGGAUGCAGACAUGUUUAUUUUCAUGAAGGAAAAUUUGUGAAAUUUAUGACUAGAAAUUUAUUUUUUUAUAUCUCCAUUUCCUCAUUUUUCUUUCAAUUCAAUUUUUGCUUCAAUUAAUCAUGAUACCGAAGGUAGGAUAUCAGGAUUUCAAGUAUCAGGAUCAUUUCCAGGCUCAUUUUAAAUUGUGGGUAUAUAUUUUUUUAAGUUUUGGAAAUUGUGUGAUUCUUUAGAUUUUGCUCAAUUUCCCUAUUUUCUCUUAUAUAAGAGAAUAACUGCAUCUCUAAAAGGAAAGAAUAGAUCUUAGUGCUACAAACAAUUUCUCACUUAAACAGUUUGCUGUUCCAUGAACAAUGCACUCUAAAAUACACUACAUCCAAAUGGGAAUCCAACUCAGAACAUGAGUUAUUGAUUUUGUGGCACAUAAGGCACUGAUCCUGAUGGUUUAGCAUUGGACAAAGUACUGGCUUUUUCCUGUAACAUUUCCAAGGUUU